AGCAGAAACGAUAACUUCAGUCGCCUAUCGAAUGCUGCUAGGCAUAGCGGUAUUCAUCAUACUUCUUACCAAGAAGCCGCAAGGCAAGAUGAGCGCGUGGCCGAGUACCUUAAGGGUAUUGAAGACCUUUAUAAGCGCCUACGUAGCAGCUAUGAAGAAUUUCAACGUGAUCCAUCGAAAUUUAUUAGGAAUGCAUCCGUUUUUGAGGAAGCAGCAUUAGGCAAAGCCCCACCACUACCAUCGGCAGCGGCACGGAAAUCGUCGGCAACACGCAACCUUCUUGAUGACGCUGACACAGUCAGGGGCAAAGAAUAUAACACGGAGCGCGAGGUAUCACAAGGGAAAGGAAUUCCGUUAUUAUCCCAAGAGUCUCAAAGAAUACGCGAUGAACUGUUCAAAUUAGAAAUGCAGUGGCAACGACUCGAGGAGUUAAAGCGAGGUUCCACGGGAGAACGGGGCGCUGCUCCGGUGGAGAUGCUGCAGGAGAAAGGCAUCAAUGACCCGCCAUUGCGCAUGCAAAAUGGAAGGGGGACAGGUAAGACGGAGAUCAAUGGAGGAGAAGCCGAUGGUCGUAGAAAUGGGAAACAAAAUGAGGGAAUCACGAGCAUGGAUGGCUCUCAAUAUGGUGCCAAUGUAAAGGCGAUCGCCACGACAGGAGGGAUUAGAAAAGACAAACCCGCGGCUGGCAUUCCGUCACGCAGUUCUACCCCACGUUUUGCUGGAGAUCAGUUACAAAACGGCUUUUCCGACAGCGGCCAAUGGGGUCGCAGGAAUUUGAAUGAAAAUAAUACUACAAGCGGUCACGGACCAUUUACCCGUGAUCAUUUGCUGGGAUUGGUGAGGGAGCGGAAGGCCAUGUUGGAGUAG